AUGGGAGUCAGAGCCGACGGCGAAGAGCGACGGAGUCCAGACUCUGGGACUUCAGCUGGCAGAUUCCCGUUCAUGGAUGAUGGAGUAAGGAAAGACCGAUCGGGGGGAGGAACAGACGAGGAGGUGCCUUCUCCUUCCAGGUGGUGGUGGACCAAGAGGCAAGUACCAACGAUAACUGCCAAGAGCACAUCGAGCAGGCCCAGCAGAUGGUGCCCUGGUGGGUCUGACUGGCCAAUGAAAAUUCAGAAAUACCAGACGAGUAUCCACUCUGGCAAGCCGUGUGUUCGCUCACUUAUCCGACUUUCGUCACGUCUUACACUCUUCUCCGUCAUCGGUGCCACAUUCGAGCUAACUGGCACUCUUUUGAGGACGCUUUCUCGUUCAUUGGCCAUCAUUCAGUCUUCAUCUUCGACCAUCCCCAACACUCGUUAUCCACUUUGUGGCUUGCUCAACGCUCAAUCGCUGCACUUCGAGGCUCUAAACCAGCCUCCCUUCUUUCCCUGCCCCGGUCGCAGACGACCGAGCGCAAAUCGCCGCACAGGCUGUGGCCAGGAGAACCACCAUCCGCAAGUUCGCACCAACAAGCACCGCAGACGCAGGGCAAACGCGCCCUACCCAAGACGAGAUAGCGAGCACGAAGCUGCUGCACGCACAUCCAGCUUCGGCAGCAUCGUCUGGUUUCUUGUCUCACUGCCCCACAAACCGAGCGGCCUGAUCUCGUGGCUUGAGCUUUUCGUUCGCGGCAUCUGCUACAUCCUCUGCGUCGUCCGACACCCAAGAAAUACCAGUCGUCUCGUUGGUGUUAUUGAGUUCUCCGUCACCAAGCAUACCUACUACGGUGGCCUGCAUCGGCUGCUUGUCUUGACCAACCCAAUACCUAGUCCGGCGCGCUUCCCAGACUUCACGCGCGGCGUACCUUGCUUUGCAGCUGGCGAACGAACGAAUCAACCAACGGGAGCCCGAAGCUAUUGCUUUGCUUUGCUUCCAUCGCUCCUUUCGGACUCUGCACCCUCGUCGUUCGCUGCUCCAUCAUUCGCCGUACCUGCACUCCUGUCGUGUCCAUCGAAUAGCUACACCAAACGAACGACACAGUGUAUCUGGAGUACAUACGACUACUGCAGUCGCCAAACCCCAUUUCACACGCCGCCACCCAUUUCACUCAAACUUCAAAGUAGCUUCUUCUCCAGGAUUCCUUGCGAAGAAGAGAGAUCGGGUUUGGACAACUUACAAGCCACGACUUCAACCGGGCCCAGUUCCAGUGGCAGACGGGGCAGACGAUCCUCAGUCUCCUCCUUCAACAAGGCGCUUCCUACCUUGCGCAUCUCACCGCACAUUGCAUCCUCAGGGUCUCUCGGCGCAAAACGAGACUACGCUCACCCUAGACUCCACUCUGCCACAUGCGCUGGCGAGCUUCUGGACCUGUCUCGAGCCGCUACUGGUGUGUCCGUCAGUCACAAACGCUCCACUGUCACUCGCCUUGGACGGCUUGACUAG